CGUGCAUGAUUUGAACACUCACUAAGACUUCACACAGAAAAUCAAAGAGUUAGUGAUUUUGCUCAAACUAAUCUCUUUUUUGCACAAUGGAUCAACUCUGGAAUUCAUUUGCAAAGCAAAUGACUAAAUCAAGGGUCAGCAUUUUAUACAUUAUUCUCCUACGCUCCAUCACAGUGAUGUCUUCACUCUCAUCCGCAAUCACUCUUACAUUGGCUAUUUUGUUCAGACCAUGGAAGGUGGAACAUUUACCGAAGGCAACAAACUUUUUGGAAUUCUCUGUCUUUCAUGUUUGCAGACAUACCAAGAGGUCAUAUACAUGCUAUAAGGAUCCCUACACUGAAGCUCCGGCUUGGUUUCUAACAUUCCAGACAUUUCUUCUCGCAGCAGCGUGUUGCCAAUAUCUUGCAACUUUUUAUAUGAUCAUAAAGCUAUUUAUUACAAAGAACCAUCAAUCAAGGAAGAUCUGGGUGUCUAGCUGUUUUUCCUUGGCAGCAGCUGUCUUGGUCUUAACAGCUCUGGUUAUUGCUAUCGGUUACUGGGAUUUUGAAUUCAUGCAUGAUAUUCGAAUGUACAAGAUGGGAUGGAUCAAAAAUGUCAAAACUGAGGAAAUAGCUGACUACCCAUGGUACAUUGCGUGGGCUGCAGCUUCCAUGAUGAUUUUUACAAGUUUAUUAUGUCUUUUUAUGCAUUUUAAAGACUCGAGGUUUACGCGAGAUUGUGGAAAAGAAAAAAAUCUGCAGAGAACAGAAAAAUCCUUUAAUGGAAACACUUGCUAGUACUUUAACACUUGGUUGGAAACUUUUUCUUAUUAAAAUACCUUACACACUAUAACCUUCUUCACCAUCUGAUGCAAUCAAAAAAAAAAAAAAAAUUCAUCGUGUUGUUGUAUUUAUCUGGAAACUUCAGCUAACGAGGUUAAAACAUGUCAUUUGGAUCAAUGAAGAAAAAAAAGAUAAUACCGAAAGAAAAAAUACCGUAAUAAUUAUAAGUAAUUAUUUAAAAACCCGUGGAAAAUUCUUUAAGUUUUAAAAAUGCUUAUUAUCAAAAAAUGAUUUGUUGUU